AUGUCGUAUGAAAUGUCGACGAAGGGCCCUACGCGGGUUGGAGGGAGACCAUUCAACCACAAUCAAUCUCAAGCUGCAGAGCAAGAGUAUGACCGCCUUCGUGACCUCGCACGCCAGGAAGCCGGAAAGCGAUCAUCUGCGCUCGCCAAGUCGCAACAGGCAUACCAGAAAGGCGAUGGAGCAGCUGCACACUCGCUUUCCGAGGAAGGGAAGGCGCACGGCGCAAAAAUGGAACAGUACAACAAACAGGCAUCGGAGUACAUCUUUCGAGAGAACAACGCCGACGGCAGGGUGCCCGCAGACACGAUCGACCUGCACGGGCAAUUUGUUGAAGAGGCGGAGGAUAUCUUGGAAGAGCGCAUUCGCUAUGCCCAGUCACACGGACAGACACACCUUCAUGUGAUUGUCGGCAAGGGAAACCACAGUCCGGGCCACGUACAGAAGAUCAAGCCGAGGGUCGAGCAGGUUUGUCGUGAACUGGGUUUGCAAUACCACACGGAGGAGAACGAGGGGCGGAUUUAUGUCAAUCUGACCGGUGGUAAUGUCAACAUGCAAGAUGUCAACAGCUGGAAUGGCUACCAGCAAGGAUAUGGAGGACAACAUCAACAGCAGCAACACGGGUCAGGUGGCUAUGGUCAGCCACAACAGCAGCAUUAUCAGCAACAUGGCCAACAGCAGCAACACUAUCAAGGCGGCCAGGGCAGUCAGGGCCAGGGUGGACAGAACGACGAGGUGGAGAAGAUGGUCAAGAAAUUCCUUCCGAGGAUUCUCAAAAAGCUGUUUGGCAUGUUUUGUGGUCGGUAG